AUGGGUCCAAUUGACGCAAAUCCAACCUCUAUUCCAUUAAUUUAUGGAGGAAAACUUUCUAUUCAACAACAUCACCAUCAAUCAUAUCAACAACAACAACAACAACAACAACAUCCAACAAUCAUUCAUCACGACCAACACCAACACCAACACCAUCAUCAACCACAACAACAACAACUUGAACAUACUUCCAUUCAACAAUACCAUCACCAACAACAGCAACAACAACAAAAAGAGGAAAAGAUCAACAACAUUGGUAAAAUCUACCAUUCAACAUCUUCAAAUUCUUCUUAUGCCAACAACCAUCAUCAUCAUCAUGAUGACAACCAACAACAAACCCACCAUCAUCAUUUCGUUCAAAAGAUUAUUGGAGAAACAAGUAGAGAUCAUAACACCAUUCUCCUCCCAGCAAUCCCAGAUUUGAUCGGUCCAAACAAUGCCAACCAUCAUCACCACCACCAUCACAACUCUAACUCUUCAUCCUAUCAUACAUUUAACGCCAACAACAACCACUACAACUCUUAUCAACCACAACCAUUGCAUCUCCACAACCAACCUGGAAGCUACUCUUAUUCGUCAUCUUUGUCUGCUGCCGCUGACCAUCCAAGCCAGCAACAUGGUGGAUACUCAUCGCAUCAUCCAACCCCAUUGACAGUAUCAUCGUCAUCAAUGUGCACCACCCCCAACACAUCGCCCCUUUUGUCACCAAGUUCUUCGUUUGUCUUGACCACUCCACUCAACUUUUCUCAUCAUACCAAUUCGACCAAUAACAACAACAACAACAAUAAUGUCGCAUUGAUUACCCAUGCCGACUUUGAAAGAGAGAUGAGAAGAAAGACUGUUAGCAGCUUAAAGUCAUUCUCUGGUUCCAUCGAGUCGCCAAGUUAUUACCAACAAGACCACUACCAACAAACCAAUUACAUUCCAAAGAAGCAAAAGACCUCAGAGUCUAUCUCACCACCAGAGACUCCAUCAUCAUCAUCAACAUCGACAUCAGCAUCUGUCAUCAACUCUGUUGAAAGUCUAGCCAAUUACAUUACCGAUCUUGCCAAUCAUUAUCGUAGUCAUGACAAUAACAACAAUAACAUGACCAAUGGUAAUAGUAACAAGUCUAGUAGUCACGGAUCACCUGUACAAAUGUCUUCAUUGUCGUCGUUGUCUUCGUCGUCACCUGUUGGAGCAAGAAGUGCCAGUCCCCAGAGCAGCAACAACAACAGUAGUGAGCCAUCGUCGCCCGAGCCAUACCAAUCCAUUUCCAACCUUUUAACUGCCUCUUUGCAAAACCUCUCGUCGCUCUCAUCGUCGUCGUCUGCCCCCACCCCUAUAAAUCUCCACCAUUCCAGCCCGUCCCUCCCAACCUCUUCUUCUGCUGCUGCCUCUGAACAACCAUCGACUGUUUCAUGUAGUUGUGUGUCUCGUUCCAAGAGCGAGUCCAAGCAACCAGUCAUUGUCAACGGCCAGCCAACACCCUAUGUCGAGUCGGAAGAGUACACAGUGCCACUCGAGUACUUUGACGAGUGGUUAGAGACCGAGGCCAAGAUCAGUGGUGUCUCUUAUAUCAAGAGUGGAGGCAAGGUGAUUGGAGCACACGCCGACAGAAAGACACUCAACCUCAAGGCCGAGUAUGAGCGUCCACGUUCCGGAAUCCGCAAGACCAAAAGAGAACUAUUGUGGACACAGAAAUAUGUCUGCAGCAGAGGUGGCCAACCAAAGGCCAAGCGCGAGUACGACUACACCAUCAAGGAACAGGUAGAGUUGUCUGGUCGCAAAAAGUCAGUGUCUAAAAAGUGUGGUUGUCAAAGCAGAAUCGUCAUCUCGGUCUAUGCCGAUGACAAGUCAUUGGCUGUCGUUAGAAAGAUCGCCGAUCACUCUGCUCAUAUGCUCCCCGAACAAAUACUCUACCUUAAAUCAAACUCUGUCAAUCAAAAACAUUUUUGUUUAAUUCAUAAUCAUCCAGAUAAUUAUAACAAUCAAAAUAAUAAUAAUAAUAAUAAUAAUAAUAAUAAUAAUAAUAAUAAUAAUAAUAAUAAUAAUAAUAAUAAUAAUAAUAAUAAUAAUAAUAAUAAUAAUAACACAACUAUUUCCACUUCUUCAUCUUCAUCUAACAAUAAUAAUAAUAACACUAGUAGUAGUAAUACUAAUAAUAUUUCAUCGAUUCAAGCAUCGAUUGAUUCUCAUCACUCACAACAUUACCAACAACAACAACAACAACUCCAACUUUCAUCAAACAACAAUAACAAUACAAUUUCAUCCAGUUCCGACACUAGUAUUCAUCAUCAUCAUCACCAUCAACUACCAUCACCAAUUCAUUUAAAUAGUUAUUUACAACAACCACGUUAUAAUAGUCAUGUUCAUAACUUUUAA